AUGACGGACUUUAUAGCGGGAUGGAUGGGUGGACUCUCUGUCCUUCUCGUUGGUCAUCCAUUUGACACUAUUAAAGUAUGGCAACAGAGCAUAAAUGCAGGAAGUGUGUCUGGCUCUUCAAGUUUAGUGCGAAACAAUAGUAUUAAGGCUGCAAUGGAGAUGUACCGUGCAGAGGGAAUAGGGGCUUUUUAUAAAGGUAUCUGUGCACCCAUGUGUGCUGUGGGAUUAGCGAAUGGGGCUCUCUUUGGAACUUAUAGUUCUAUUGUAAAUAUAAUGAUUCGCAACGGUUCAUCUAGUUAUUACUACAAUGAUGAUCAUCAUAUUCUUGUUAAAUAUUCUCAAACCCACGAUCAUAGCAUCACAGAUAGUGAGAAGAAAUAUCAUCGUAGAAAUAGUAUGGGUAAUUCUAGUGAUGGCUAUCAGAAGCAAGAUCUCUCUGAACACCUUCGAACAGGUGGUCAACUGACUGCCUUUGAAAACUUUAUUGCUUCCACAGGAGCUGGUAUAGCAUAUGCAACCAUUAUGAAUCCUUUUGAAGUUGUUAAAAUACGUCGACAAACAGAACGUCUUUUUCCACAUCGCCGUUAUCUUGGAACGGUACACUGUGCACGACAAUUAUAUGCAAAAGGAGGUAUUAAAUCUUUUUUUAAAGGAUACACGGCGACACUUAUUCGUGAUAUACCCGGUACUGGUGUAUAUCUCUAUAGUUAUUCUACCUUUAUUCGUCUCUUUGGUGGUGAGAAGAAGAACCCUAAUGUGCCUCGUAUUCUUCUUGCAGGUGGCUGUGCUGGGGUCACUCAAUGGAUCCUUAUAUUCCCCCUUGAUACGAUUAAAACAAAAAUACAAAUUUCAAAAGAAGGAGAAUAUGUGGGAUGGACACGGUGUGCGAGAAAAUUAUAUAAUCAUCGUGGCUUUAUUGGACUUUAUCGCGGAGUGGCGCCUGCACUCGUGCGUGCAUUUGCAGCGAAUGGGGCGGCAUUUGUGGGUGUGGAGGCCACACUUGAGUUUUUCCGCAGUGCCGGCAUGGAAGACGGUGAUGUCUGGCAGUCUUAA